AUGUGGUGUGCCUUUGUCACUCGCAUUGUUUCAUCUCCCAUCACCACUCAAGAAUCCACAGGUCGCUGGACGGUUUUUAUGAAGCUCUACCGCAAUGGCCUCUUACCCGCCUACGAGGGCCUGGACAAGAGCGGGGAUUUCGUGUUGGACGCGUCCGAGCACCAGUGUCUAUCCCAGAGAAGAAAUAGACCUAGCUCGUCACAUUUGGGACGAUGCAAAGAAAAAUCUAUACAAUAGACAGAGGCACAGGUGUGCCGUGGCCAGCUCUAUUACAGAUUUUUCCGAGGCUUCUACUCCAGAUCAAGAUCAUUUCAAAAAUGUUUUCUGCGUUGCGAAUAAGAUAUUUUUUCUCUGGGAUAGGGGCCGUUGGAAGCAGAUAAGAACAGGGACAAGCUCUUAGACGGUACGGAGUACGCAGGGCAUUGCUGCCAGGAGUCUACAACUGCUUCUACCGACGCAACCAGCGCUCAGGUAGUUACCUGUCUGUUCUGAAGUUUCUUUGAUCAACCCACGCGCUGUGACUAUAUGUGAUUUUGAUGACCGAUUAUGAGAUGCAGGCUGAGAAGUACAGCUUGAGGAAAGCGAGGGUUACGACUUUGCGCACAUUGUACAAAAAACACAGAGCUCUGCCGCCUCUGCUUCGGGAAACGGUGCCGCUGCGGGCAGUUUCGUACAAAAGAGGUUGGCGCCGGGAUCGUGGGGAUGCUGCGAAGCACCUGAAAACUUACAGGACAGCGAGUUGGACUUCGGCAGGCCGGAACAACAACAAGGGCAUCAAGAGGGCACGGUGAUACCCGUGAUCACCGAGACAGACAAGGAGGAAAUUGCGGCGGGCGUCUUUCCGCUUUUGUGGCCGGAGCACAAGAACUGUCCCGGCGACUGGAACCUACCGCGGUACCAUAUUUUCAAUAAAGCAAACCGUAGAUGCAGUACUCUCAGUUCUAACUGGUACAAUCUCGCUUGGCGGAUUCAUGCUGUUUGGGAUUCAAAAAAGAAUUUGGCGAAAAUGUCUCUCGGACAUCAAAACGGAAAUGACCGAGCACCUGAAGAAGAGCUCCGCUCCCGGCUGGUUUGGUGCGACAGAACGAAAAGAGCUUGAGGAAAGACUUCUCUGGGUGAUUACAGAUGAUGUUGUUGAUGAGUGGUGUGGGCCUCUUCCUGGUUACGAAAUCGGCUAAAAAAACCUUGGUUACGCACAAGAAUCUCGUUCGCCCAGGCAUCCAAUCUUCUUGUAAGUAGCAGUGCGAUCAAUAAUAAGUAUCGAGCACCGGUACCGGAAAACAGCAAAAGUCGUGGAGGCGUACAUAACUCGCGACUGAGAUCAGCCAGAGUCGUGGGAUGAUCCUAGGCUUGCCAGCUGUGCCUAG